ACUGCCCCUCCGACAGUCAGAAACAUGGCGUUACGGGAGCUAUCAUCGCUGGAGAAAUAUUUAGGAUUGAAAAAGCCGAACAAGUACAGCACACAGGGGGACAAAAAGGUGCCUGUGCUACAGAAUAACAAUGGUCCUCCGCUGGUAGGGCUGGGGACCAUCGCCUCUCACCUGGUGAAGGAGGCCAAGCGCCCAAACCUGCUGGGAGACUCUGCAGAGAGCAGGGCUGUGGUGCAGCAGUGGCUGGAGUACAGGGUCACCAAGCUGGAUGGAUGCACGAAGGAAGACACGAAGGCCAUCCUGAAGGACCUCAACCUCUACCUGCAAGACAAGGUCUACAUGGCGGGCAACCAGUUCACCUUAGCGGACACUUUCAUGUACUUUGGAAUACAUCCAAUCAUAGUGGAUCUGUCAGUCCAGGAGAAGGAGCAGUAUGUGAACGUCGCCCGAUGGUUCGACCACAUUCAGCGCUGCCCCGGCGUCCGACACCACCUCCCCCCUCUCGUUGUGCUGAGGAACAGAAUCUACACCAGCAAACACCACUGAGACCCCCCCCCCCUCCCCCCUCCCAGCAUGAUACAUUACGAGCUGGUCUGUCUUUUGGACCAGACCUGGGCAAAAUAUCUAAAAGUGUUUUACAUCAUCAUCCCUAUCUGAGGACUUUCCCACAUCUGUAUCCAACGUAUUUUAUUUCACGAUUCCUGCCUUAAUGUCUUGUCCCGGUCGCAAACCUGUACACUUCCUGUUAGACUUUUUAAAUGGUGUUUAACCAGGAAGAGCUAACGCCGCCCUAACAGCCUGAGGUACUGAAACUCCUUUAAGGGAUUGCCUGCUAAUAAAAAUGAAAUUCACUUCAUUUUAAUUUUUUAUUAUAUUUUUUUUUCCAUUAACAUCUGACUUUAACAAUUAGUUGGAAGUGGAAGAAAGAAGGUUGUCUUAACCUCUCAAUAUUUUCCUUCCUGAUUAAAAUAUUUAUGGGACGUUUGGUGUCUUAACCUUGAAUCAGUGUGAGACAGCAACAUUGGUCUAAUUUCUUUUUUUUUAAAAUUAUUUUGUGGGACUUUUGGAAGUUGUUUACAAAGGGAAGGCUGUAUGGUUUUGAAGUGCUGCUAGCUUGUUUGAAAGGUGUUUCUAUUUAUAAAUGGUGAUUAUUUUUGUUUUGUUUAAUCUGAGCUAUGAACAUGUAAUAGAAUCAAGACUUAAUAAAAUGUCCUUAGGAAAAGCAGCGUCCUUCAUGCCAUAUCAAUGCAUUUACAGCAACAGUUUGUCUAAAUAAAAGUGGUUACUGGUUCAAAACCAUAACCCCAUAAUGUGCACAGUCA